AUGUGGGUUCUGACUUGCACGGAAGCUGGGGCCUGGGGCGGUACUUUGUGCGUCUUUUUAUAUGUAUGCACUGACAUCGAUGCCGCCUACAUCCACCUGCUCACCGAGCCCCUUCCACCGCUUGUCCACAGGGUAAGCGACCGCAAGAAGAAGCAGGCGGCCCUGAAGAAGGGCAAGGUCGCGGGCAAGGGAUCCUCUGCCACCCUCGCCUCUGAGAGCUCCGAUGCCGAGAACGCGUUCGGCAGCACAACACAGCUGGCGCGGGACGUGGAGGACCUGGAACUGAACGACAGGUCCUGCACGGGCAUCCUCACCUCCCACCCCCAGUCGCGCGACAUCCACUUCCAGUCCUUUACCCUCCUCUUCCACGGGCACGAGAUCCUGACGGAUGCGGACCUUGAGCUCAAUUAUGGCAGGCGUUACGGCCUGCUAGGCCCCAACGGCUGUGGCAAGUCGACGCUGCUCAAGGCGCUGGGCGCGCGCGAGCUGGACAUCCCCGCCCACAUAGACACCUACUUCCUGGACCGGGAGAUCGCGGCUUCAGACCUUACCGCCCUCCAGGCCGUCAUGUCGGUGGACGAGGAGCGCGCGCAGCUGGAGGCGGAGGCCGAAUCGCUGGCGGACGCGGAGGGUGGUGAGGCGGAACAGCGCCUGGAGGACAUCUACGAGCGGCUGGAGGCCAUGGAGAGCGAGAUGGCGGAGACGCGGGCGGCCUCCAUCCUGCACGGCCUGGGGUUCGACAAGAAGAUGCAGGCCAAGCCCACGCGCGACUUCUCCGGCGGCUGGCGCAUGCGCAUCGCGCUGGCGCGCGCGCUGUUCGUGGAGCCCACCUUUUUGAUCCUGGACGAGCCCACCAACCACCUGGACCUGGAGGCCUGCGUGUGGCUGGAGGAGACGCUGAAGAAGUGGAAGCGCAUCCUGCUCCUCGUUUCCCACUCCCAGGACUUCCUCAACGGCGUCUGCACCAACAUCAUCCUCAUGCAACAUAAGCAGCUCAAGUACUACGCAGGUGACUACGACACCUACGUGCGGACGCGGGCCGAGCAGGAGGAGAACCAGAUGAAGAAGUACAAGUGGGAGCAGGAGCAGAUCGCCAACAUGAAGGACUACAUCGCGCGCUUCGGCCACGGCUCAGCCAAGCUGGCCCGGCAAGCACAGAGCAAGGAGAAGGUGCUGGCAAAGAUGGUGCGCGACGGGCUGACGGAGAAGGUCAGCCAGGAGCGGACGGUGAAGCUGGCCUUUGCCAACGUGGGCACGCUCCCCCCCCCCGUCCUCCAGUUCUCCAACGUCAAGUUUGGCUACUCCCCCGACGCGGUGCUCUACUCCGACGUGGAGCUGGGCGUGGACCUGGACUCCCGCGUGGCGCUGGUGGGCCCCAACGGCUGCGGCAAGUCCACGCUGCUCAAGCUGAUGACGGGGCAGCUGGAGCCGCUGGACGGCAUGGUCAAGCGGCACAACCACCUGCGCAUCGGGCAGUACCACCAGCACCUCACCGAGCUGCUGCCGCUGGACGUGUCGGCCCUGGCCUACAUGAUGGCCGAGUACCCGGGCGUGUCCAUGGAGGAGAUGCGGUCGGUGGUGGGACGCUUCGGCAUCACGGGCGCGGCCCAGACGCUGGAGAUGCGCAAGCUGUCCGACGGCCUCAAGUCGCGCGUGGUGUUCGCCUGGCUGGCGCGACGCACGCCCCACAUGCUGCUGCUGGACGAGCCCACCAACCACCUGGACAUCGAGUCCAUCGACUCCCUGGCCGACGCCAUCAACGACUGGGACGGCGGGCUGGUCCUGGUGUCCCACGACUUCCGACUCAUCUCCCAGGUGGCCAAGGAGAUCUGGACCGUACAGGACGGGCGCGUGACGCGGUGGGAGGGCGACAUCCUGUCCUACAAGGCGCACCUCAAGACCUCCAUGGCCGCGCUGGCCAAGCGCUCCGACCUGGGCUAG